ACUGGAGCUAGCAAAGGCUACGGAUUCAUAGAGUUUGAGUCCGAUGACGUGGCUAAGAUUGUUGCAGACACAAUGAACAACUACCUGUUUUCUGAAAGACUGCUAAAGUGUCAGUUCAUAUCUCCUGAAAGGGUCCAUGAAAACCUCUUCAAAAACAGUAAUAGAAGAUUUCUGAAGCCUUCUCAGCCAGCGGUCAGGCGGUACAAUAAGAUACGUUCACUCAUUCAGAAAGCAAAGAUGACAAAGCGGCUACUACGAAAGGAGAAACUUUUACAGAAGAGACUGGCUGAAAAGGGGCUUGAUUAUGACUUCCCAGGAUUUGCUGCACAGGAGCUUUCCAUAAAGAGAAAAAAAGCUAAAACAUCCAGGAGGUCGAAAAUGAACAUUUCUUUGAGCAGCCAGGAUCCUACUCCAGUCUGUACUCCAUCAGUGCUCGAGCGCCGGAAAGCUUCUCAGGCGGAUGAUGACGCAGAGGACAAUGAAAUAACUCUCAGACUGCCACCUGCCAGUGUUAAGAAUGCUGUGCAGAGACCAAAGAAGCAGCCAAGGAAAAGACCAAACGUGAAGAAACAGAAAUAG